AGGCGGGGUAAGUUUGGUGGGAAACGCUGUAAUUUCCUUUUUACUUUCACAGUAAUAGUGCAGUAUCCAGAAUGGAUGUCCUCUUUGUAGCUAUCCUUGCUGUGCCACUGAUCCUGGGACAGAACUAUGAGGAUGAAGAGGGACUGGAAGAGGAAGAUUAUUAUCAGGUGGUCUAUUAUUAUACAAUCACUCCCAAUUAUGAUGACAUUGUUGCAAAUUUCACUGUUGAUUACUCCAUAUUUGAGUCAGAGGACAGGCUGAACAGGUUGGAUGCGGAAGUAACGAAAGUAGAAGAGACUACCGUAAGUCAUGAAACAGAACACAGAGACCAUCAGAGGCCAACAGAGAAACCAGUGACUAUGAAACCAAUGACAAUGGGACAAAUGAUAACAGAACCAAUGACCACGGAAACAACCACAACGGAACCAACCACAACGGAACCAGUGACAAUGAAACCAAGUCCAGAUACGAACCAUGCUGUAUCCAGUCUGCAGAGUCCUGUUUCCCUCCUCCUGCCCUGGGCCCUCCUUCAGGAGUGGAUGUAUUUCAUGUAGAAGGAGAAAGAAGGCUGCUAUGACUCUUUGGAUGGGGAGAUGGGAAGAGGAAAUUGGACGAUAAAAUAAAUAAAUGAAAUAAUUUGGUUAUGCUCUACUCCUGCACGAGGGUCUGUUCUAAAGCGGUAACAUUAGGAGAGCAGGACGAUAUGGAGGUGGGAUGAGUAGAUUAAGAAAGGGAGUUAGUUGGCAACAAUAUUAGAGGGAGAUAUUAGGACUUGAAAUUUUUGGAAGAAUGGAGAACAGCACCCACAGAAAACAGGUUUAUUCACAGCCCAUAAUUCCUUCUAACUCUGUUGCUUUAUUUCAUUAUAUAUGGUGUUGAAAUAGUGUUUGGGGAACGCUGAAAUUUAUUCAGAACCUUUUUUUUUCUUUUUAUAAAAUAAGCAUUGUUAAACAUGUAAAAUAUCAAAAACUACUUAGAAUAGAUUCUAAAAAUUCACACACUCCUCCACCCCACCCCCAAACAAUGUGCCUUUUCCAGUUAGUAAUUAGGGCAGGCAAGGAUAUUUAUUUAUUUAUGUAUGUAUAUAUGUAUAUAUGUAUGUAUGUAUUUCCCCUAUCCGCGAGACCCUAAUCAGAACUGGGCUGCCCCCUUGCGGUCUCUUCUAUGUCACAGCUUCAAUCAGCCUAUAGUCCAUGA